GAUCCAUCACCAUCUCCCUGCUCGUCACCAAGUACUGGAUGCUUCCUGGAUUCUUCCUGGCCUGGCAAGCAUAUGACUGGAGAACCCCCAGACAUGGUGGCAGGCGCUCGGACUGGGUGAGGAACUGGACCCUUUGGAAGUAUUUCCGGGACUACUUUCCCAUCAAGCUGGUGAAGACUUGUGAGCUCUCUCCUAGUCACAACUACAUCAUUGGUAGCCACCCCCAUGGGAUCUUCUCCCAUGGGGCCUUUUGCAACUUUGCCACGGAGGCUACAGGCGUUGCUCAGACUUUUCCUGGGAUCGUCCCCUCUCUCACCACCUUGGAAAGGUUCUUCUUGUUCCCGAUUGUCCGGGAGUUUUUGAUGGCGAAGGGCAUAUGUCCAGCGAGUCACUCAGCCAUGAAGCACUUGCUCACUGAGAGGGGCUCAGGCAACGCUGUGAUUCUGAUAGUGGGAGGGGCCACCGAAGCCCUCCUGGCCGGGCCUGGAGAAACCACCCUCUUCCUGAAGAAUCGCAAAGGCUUUGUGCGGCUGGCUCUCCAGACAGG